CUCCCCGUCUUCAUCACCAACUUAUACGUACGCACAUUCACAUACAGGAAAUUUUUUUUACUUUUUCUUCGUUUCAUUUUCAUUUCUAACAGAAAACAACGAAGAACCUUUUUUUUUUUUGGUCGUUCCUUCUUCUUCCGCCAUUGAUGAUCUGCUCAGCUUAACAUGCACCAUCUCUUCCUCCUCACCAUGCCCGCACUCAGCUCAUCCAAGCCCCUCUCCUCUUCCUCCUCCACCACCAAUUCCCCCAAAUCCCCAAACCCUAAUAACCCGUCCUCCUCCUCCUCCUCUUCCCUCUGCAAGAACUCCCGGUCGGCAACCCUAGACGUGCUGAUCCUCAUCCUCGUCGUCUUCUCCGGCACCUUCCUCGUCUCCUCCUACUUCUCCUACAUCUUCAACUCCCUCUCCCUCCUCCUCUCCCACCCCACCAUCCACCUCCACGUCGAUCUCCCCAUCAUACCCUACGCCAUCGGCUUUCCCGCCUUCUUUGCCGCAGCCGUCCUCUCCUUCGAGUGCCUCUGCGGCGCCCGCUCCCGAAGAUGCCACCGCGCCGGCUGCAAGGGCCUCAAGAAGGCCAUGGAGUUCGAUCUCCAGCUCCAGACCGAGGACUGCGUCAAAUCUGGCUCCAAGGAUAUUGACAGACUCCCCUGGAAAGGCGGCACUGAGACCAAUCCCGACUACGAGUGUCUCCGAGCUGAGCUGAGGAAGAUGGCCCCUCCAAACGGCCGCGCCGUCCUGCUGUUCCGGGCGAGGUGUGGCUGCCCCAUCGCGAAACUUGAGGGCUGGGGCCCCAAGAAGGGCCGGCGGCAUAAGAAGGCUCUUGCCAAUGCCAGUCCCCAUCGGAAAGGAGAUCACCGCUGAUCGAGAGAGCUGCUUCGCCUCGGAGGGGUCCCCCAUCAUUGUAAUGAGAGGAAGCACUCUUCCAUUAUUGUGUCUGUUAGCUAAAGCUUCCGAUAGUUCUUGAUCCUCUUCCUUCUCCUUCUUGGUAGAAGGAUGUGGUGCUCGCCUUGCUCAUUAUGGAACUUGCUUUUACAGUCCCCGGGAGCGAAUGAUAUCUCCUUCAGUAUAUUUCCGAGAAAAACAACCUUCCUCCAUACUUCUCACGAUUGCCACUGUACUCUCGUGGAAGGACACAGCAUAUAUACUUAAAUUAAUAAAUCUCAUGAAUGUAGCAAUUGAAGUA